GCAUAGGAAUGAUUUACGAGUUGGCAUCUUUCUUUGCUUGGCAGGCGUAUCUGAGCUGCAGGAGCGCACGCUGAUCGCAGUGAAGCCGGAUGGAGUCCAGAGGAGGUUGGUGGGAGACGUCAUCCAACGUUUCGAGAAACGGGGAUUUAAACUGGUGGGGCUCAAGUUACUCCAGGCCACCGAAGGGAUCCUGGCUGAACAUUACCACGAGCUGCGCCGGAAGCCGUUUUACCACGAUCUGCUUCAGUACAUGACUUCUGGGCCUGUCGUUGCCAUGGUGUGGGAAGGUUACAACGUUGUCAAGACUUCCAGGGCCAUGGUGGGAGAGACCAACCCGGCUGAAGCCAAGCCAGGCACUGUCCGCGGUGAUUUCAGUGUCCAUGUUAGCAGGAAUGUCGUCCAUGCCAGUGACUCGGUGGAGACGGCGCAGAGAGAAAUAAGUCUUUGGUUUCGCAGCAACGAGCUGAUCAGCUGGGAUUGUUGUGAUCACAAGGUCAUGUACGAACCGUGAUGUGGCCUCUCCCAUUUCCGGACAUGGGAUCUACUACCUCGGCUCCCUCGUUGCCUUUCUGGAGGAUCGGGUGUUUUCAGCCUGGGCAUCACAGGUUUAAAUCUCAGUGGUCUUGAGAGGAGGCGAACCACAUACCAAGACUUUGCUCAAGGCAGGAAACUGUGCCAGGCCUCUCCCCAAAUGCCCGUUUUGCCAGCUGUCCAGGACCGUGCUGUUAUUUUCGGAGUACAGUUCUUCUUCAUGGGAUAUUCAUUAAAAAGAAGCUAAUUUUA